AUGGCACAAAGGGACUAUCCUGUUGAUCAAUGCACUUGUCGUUCUCAGGGAUGUAGCCUUGAUCCACAAGGGUUCAAGCUGCAAGACCGUCCCGUGGCUAACUCUCACAUGCGAAGGGACCAGCAGGAAGACACUCUGCAUAACUGCCAGGAAGAGCUUCGACAGCUAUCACUUCCUCAGUGUUCAAACACACAACCUAGAUUUCAACCUAAUGAAUCACAAGUACACGAAAUAAGACCUGAGCAGCCUGACGAGGAUGAAAAUACGCAUGAUGCUUGGUCGGAUGACGAUGGUGACAGGGCCAACGAAGAAGCCACUUUACAGUCUCAAUCAGGAGGUCACAUGCACCGCAACACGGAUGGAAAUCUCACGGAUGAAGAAGAUCUGCAUGAAUGUGAUGGAUCAGGCACUGAAGCUGGCGCCAAUGACCCCUUUGUUAUGCUUGAUUGUCUUAAUAACAUGCAUGAAGGCUGGUUCAAUCUCCAAGAAAUUCACGAUCUAGACGUCUGUCACAAUGAACUCCCACCAGCCUUCCAGGAUCACCAUCUCAUCCGUAGUGCAUACAUCCGUGUCUUUGUUGGUGUGGCCUUCAUGGGCAACAGCAAUAAAUCUGUACAGCUUACGCUCAAAGGUGUUCGUUCGACUCUCAUGGCCAUCAGUCGUGACCAUGCUGGCAUAAACUUUGCUGGUCUAGAGGACUUUGCUGUCACUCUCCCAACUGUUCUCAAGCAUCUCAGUUUGUCAACAGCAAACUUCAUUGUCUAUUUGUUUAUCUGCCCUGACUGCUGGGCUGUCCAUCAUCCUUCGGAUCUGCUGGAGCUCAAGAUGCCAUCUUGCGCUGUACUGGACUGCCCUGGGAUGCUAUAUUGUGAAAAGUGCACUAGUGAGGGUCAGCCGGGUAAAUGGGAGCAGUUUCAGCACUGGAGGGGACCGGAUGACACUCCAGGAUGGGUCCCUCCAUCUGCUGCAACUGGGUUUGAAGUGUUCGACAAUUCAACAAGGCCUAUGUCAGACAUUUACGAUGACUGGGGAUGGCAUACAAUACAGGCUGGGCUUCAGAGACGGCGGCACUCCAAUGAUGCCAUUGAGGAUGUCGAUGUACAAGAACUAGAUCAACGGUUUGUUGCAUUGCCGUGUGGGCUAGUCCUGCAGUUCAAUCUCGACUGGUUUCAGUCUACGAAGCACGACUGUCACUUGACAGGAGUGUUCUAUGUUAUAAUCUGUAACAACCCCAGGCAGAUAUGCUAUCUAGCUGAGGAAACUAUGCUGGUCAUGAUUCUCCCUGGCCCGAACAAGCCAAAUCUCUGGCAGCUGAAUAACCUUACAGAUGUCUAA